AGAUUAGUCUCAACUUUCGAGUGCUUUUUAAGUCUUGAGGAGGGAGCCAAAGAGCUUUCAAAAUUCGCUUUACAUAUUCUGUGUGCUAUACACGUGUCAGCAUAUUAUUGGUUAGUUAGGUUUGGCCUUUUUGUUCCUUCCCACAUUUUUAAAACCCUCGUCGGAACAGAUACUCCGAAUAUCUCUCUUCCCUUUUCCAUCGGAGAGUUUCUGUCAAGCUCAGCUCAGUGGGUAGAGAGAGAAAGAGAGAUUUCUAGAGAGAGAAAGACAAAACAGGAGGAAGACUCUUGGACUCUCUAGGGUUUUCCAUUUUCAAAACUUUCGUAAUUUUCACACAACAGAAUUGGAAAAUUUGUGUAUUCAGAAGAAGAUUGUGAUUGUUUUUACUUUUUCUACGGGAAAAUUUUCUCCAGAAAAAGAAGCUUAGCUUUGCGUGGAGUGGAGUGAUUUUCUUUGACAGGAAUAUAUAUAUAUAUAUAUGUAUUAAGAAUUAAAAGUUUAAUGCACAAAAAGCGAGGCUUCGAGUUGAAGCAAAGUUCACAUAAGUUUCAAAUUCAAACGGAGUUUGUUUUAGUGAGAAAGGUCGUUGAAGUGGUUCUGGAUGUUUAAUCUGGAGGAGGAGAAAGUUUUAGUUUCAGUUUCAGUGUUGAGAGGAAUUAGAUACAAUUUGUUUGGUAGUUUGAGGAAGCUGUUGUUGAAAUUGAAUCAAAUGAUUUGUGAAAGUUGACCAGUAAUCGGAUUGGAGAAGAUGAUGAUGGCAAUUUUGUAAAUAUUUGAGAGAGAGAGAGGGAGAGAGAAAGAGAGAGGAAGAUAGGGAGAGAAAUCAAGAGAGAGAGAGGGCUGAAUGGGGAGCUCGGGUGAAAUUUGAGGGUGUUGCAACAUGAGUUGCAGCAGCGAUAGGAACGGAGUAGGAGCCGCCGGAGAAGACGAUAGAAAAAGACAUGAAAACCUAGCUUUGCAGAGGUCUGGUGAGCUAGAGCCCAAUUCUGUAUCGCAGAACGGUUCGAUUACUGCUGCUCAGUUUACGAUCGAUGAGAAUUUGCUGGUUGACCCGAAGUUACUGUUUAUCGGGUCAAAAAUUGGUGAGGGAGCUCAUGGGAAAGUCUAUGAAGGAAGGUAUGGUGACCGAAUUGUAGCUGUUAAAGUUCUUCAUCGUGGGAGCACUUCUGAAGAAAAAGCUUCACUCGAGGAUCGUUUUGCCCGUGAAGUUAAUAUGAUGUCUAGAGUUAAACAUGAGAACCUGGUCAAGUUUAUUGGAGCUUGUAAAGAUCCUUUAAUGGUUAUAGUUACUGAACUAUUACCUGGGAUGUCACUUCGAAAGUAUUUAGUUGGUGUUCGGCCCCAAACAUUAGACCUUCACGUGGCGAUAAAGUUUGCUAUGGACAUAGCUCGAGCAAUGGAAUGUCUACAUGCCAAUGGGAUUAUCCAUAGGGAUCUAAAACCUGAUAAUUUGUUGCUUACGGCAAAUCAGAAGUCUGUGAAGCUUGCAGAUUUUGGCCUUGCAAGAGAAGAAACAGUGACUGAGAUGAUGACUGCAGAAACUGGAACUUACCGUUGGAUGGCUCCUGAGCUGUAUAGCACUGUGACUUUACGUCAGGGAGAGAAGAAGCAUUACAAUAAUAAAGUUGAUGUGUACAGCUUUGGAAUUGUCCUGUGGGAAUUAUUAACCAACCGCAUGCCAUUUGAAGGCAUGUCAAAUUUGCAGGCUGCCUAUGCUGCUGCUUUUAAGCAAGAGCGGCCGAGUAUUCCUGAAGACAUAUCACCCGAUCUAGCAUUCAUCGUACAAUCAUGUUGGGUUGAGGACCCUAAUCUAAGGCCAAGCUUCAGCCAGAUUAUCCGCAUGCUCAACUCAUUUCUCUUCACACUUUCGCCAACACCGUCACUGGAUUCUGAUACUAACGAAGCAGAAGCAAGUAACGAAAACGACACCAUGAACGAGUUGUCUGCAAGAGCAAGAGGGAAGUUUUCUUUCAUCCGACACCUAUUUACUGCAAGGAAGACAAAGAGCACUCAAUAAAGCAGGUUUAAUUUUCUUGGUUUCCAAACAUAGGCAUAUGCGAUAGAAACUAGAAAGAAAGAAAGAAAAGAAAUGUAAUUUGUUAUGACUAAUCACCUUAAUGAUGACACUAUUUGCAAAUAUAAAAUUGCCAAAAGAAAAAAAAGAAUGUUGAUUUGAGUAACCCUAAUAGAGAAUAAAAAUUAUAGGUCGACCAUAUAUUAUCUCAUCUAGUUGAUCUUAUUGUAAAGGAGAUAUAGUACAUGGUUCUGAACAUUUAAAAGUGUCAUAUAUAUAUAAUUUCAUAUCA